UUCCUUUCCACAGAGCACAGAAGUUCAUGUUCUCCCAGCUCACACAUUUGGACAGAGCAGAUUCCUCAGGCCUCCACGAUGCCCAUCCUUGCCUCCUCAUUACACACUCCUCCUCCUUGCCUGCUAAUGAUUCUACUGCUGGGAUUAAUAGGAGCGGCAGGUGAGGGGGAGCUGCAGGUGAUUCAGCCUGAGAGGUCUGUGUCAGUUGCAGCAGGAGAGACGGCCACUCUGCGCUGCACCGUGACCUCCCUGAGCCCCGUGGGGCCCAUAAAGUGGUUCAGAGGAACUGGGCCAGGCCGGGAGUUCAUCUACAGUCAAAAAGACGCCCCUUUCCCCAGAGUUACAAAUGUUUCAGAUGUCACAAAGAGAAACAACUUGGACUUUUCCAUCCUCAUCAGUAACAUCACCCCGGCAGACACUGGUGUCUACUACUGUGUGAAGUUCCGGAAAAGAGAACAUGGUGACGUGGAGUUUAAGUCUGGACCAGGCACUCAUCUCACUGUGAGUGCCAAGCCCUCUCCGCCCAUGGUAUCCGGCCCUACAGUGAGGGCUACACCUGAGCAGACAGUGAGCUUCACCUGCACAUCCCACGGCUUCUCCCCCAGAAACAUCUCCCUGAAAUGGUUCAAAAAUGGCAAUCAGCUCUCAGCCUCCCAGACCAGCGUGGACCCACAGAAAGACAACGCUUCCUACAGCAUCAACAGCACAACUAAAGUGCUGCUGGCCCCAGGGGACGUUCGCUCCCAGGUCAUCUGUGAGGUGGCCCACGUCACCCUGCAUGGGGGCCCUCCUCUCCGUGGGACUGCCAACUUGUCCGAGACCAUCCGAGUUCCACCCACCCUGGAGAUUACUGGAUACCCCACAUCAGGGAACCAGGUGAAUGUCAUCUGUCAGGUGAACAAGUUCUACCCCCAGCGCCUACAGCUGACCUGGUUGGAGAACAGAAACGUGUCCCGAACAGGACCGGCCUCGACCCUCGUAGAGAACAAGGAUGGGACCUUUAAUCAUACAAGCUGGUUCCUGGUAAACUCCUCUGCCCACAGGGAGGCUGUGGUGCUCACCUGCCAGGUGGAGCAUGACGGGCAGCCGGCGGUCUCCAAAAACCAUACCCUGGAGGUCUCUGCUCCCCAGAAGGACCAGGACACAGGUCAAACCCCUGGUCCAGAGCUGUCUUCUCUUUGGGCAGUUGUCUUCCUAGUCCCCAAGGUGCUGCUGCUGCUCACUGUAUCUGUCAUCUUUGUCCACAGGAAGUAUUGAGCCUGCCUCUCCUUCCUUCCUCCCUGCUAGGUGCCACCGUCAGCCUCUACUGUCUCCUUCCCUCACUGAGGACACAGCCCACAAGAAGGACCCAGCUGAAAGCUUCCACAACUCUGCUCCAAAAGUCUUCUGUCCAUGGAGAUCUGCCUGCCCACAUGUUCAUGAAACCCCCAGAGCUGAAUCUUCGUAUGUGAUCCUGAGCAGAGAUCAUGGGAAGUAGCUCUGGAGACUGACUCACAACAUCUCCCUGGGAUGUGAGAAUUUAGUUCAGCUCAGUCACUCAGUCAUGUCCGACUCUUUGCGACCCCAUGAACCUCAUGAACCCCAUGAACAGGGAGACACACCAGGCCUCCC